AUGAGUUCUGUUGAGCUCAAAAGGGCGUGGAAUGUGUCCAGAAACCCAGAGAGGAGCGGGCACAGGGAGCAGAGCAGACUUCCCACUGUCUCCUACAACAGCAGAGAAAGCAGAGAGAUGGCCUUGUUCCUGCUGGUUUUCCUCACUCUACAAGCCCUGGUCCUGUCCACUCAGGGCCAGGAGGCUUACGACAACCUGUCCGAAGACUUCAAGAAGGGGGUGAACCUCGCCCUGCAGAAGCUGAGCAGCCACAGCGGAGUACAGCAUCACUUUCUGUUCUUCAGAAGCAUCACAAAGUCAGACAUUAAUCCUGGUUUUGACGUGAGAUACAUUUACCACCACUUUCUCCUCAAACCGACCCACUGCCCAAAAGGAACCAGUGAUUCUACCGUUUGCCAUUUCAGGAACGACCGACCUCCCAUUGACUGUGCCGUGUGCUACAAAACCUUCGGAGGGGACAUUGAAGCGGAGCCCAAACCCUACGUCCACUGUAUCCACAAACCCAGUCUGACCGAGGACAUGAAGGCCCUACGAAUCGAGCAGUGCAACAUCAUCGGCUACGGCAGUGGAACCCCGACGCUCCUGGCUUCAAGAGGAGAUUAG